UGCUGCAAAGAGGACUCAGUUUCACAGCUAAUGUUUAUAUGCGACCAACUCUUCCCUCUCUUCACACAGGAUCCGUUGGCUGAUUGGCAAGUACGAACAUCUCAACAUUGCUUGCUUCAAGGCACAUCCACCUUCUGAAGUGUGCUUGCUGCUUUGUGGACUGUCAUAUUGGGCUGCAUGAAUACUCCCUUUCGGCAAGACCCUUUUGGCAAGGGUGGUGACCAGCAAGGCCGGCAUGCCGUUCUUCUCAUGUGCGGCAUCUGAGUUCGUGGAGUUGUUUGUGGGUGUCGGUGCUUCAAGAGUCAGGGACUUGUUUGAGAAGGCAAAGUCGAAAGCGACUUGCACUGCGUUUAUUGAUGAGAUUGAUGCAGUGAGGAGGCAGAGGGGAGCUGGUCUUGGAGGAGGGAACGAUGAGAGCGAGCAAACUAUCAAUCGGCUAUUGCCUGAGAUGGUUGGCUUUUCGGGGAAUUCAGGUGUCAUAGUAUUGGCAGCUAUGAACAGGCCAGAUGUUCUUGAUUCAGCUUUGUUGAGAACUGGGAGGUUUGAUCAGCAGGUUACCGGGGACAGGCCUGAUGUUGCUGGAAGAGUGAAGAUCUUUCAGGUUAGCUAUAUUCUUGCUCAAAUCCUUAAAGAGGAAGAAACUGUUGACAGAAAACAGUUCACGAGCCUCUCCAUCUAUGGAAAAGCCAAAGCUGUAUGUCGUGUAAUUUUGUUUAUAUGAGAUUGAAGGAAACGAACACACAGAAUUUACGGU